CACACAGAUAUCAGAUUCAUUCCGCUUAUUAUGGACCAAAGUUUUGGGUAGUGGGCGACGAAGAAUUAAUUAAUGGACUCCCAUGGCGCAGAGGCAACAUUGGAGACCCAAAGUCAGCCGCCGCCCAGAGGCACCACCUUACUCAGAACUUGCUUCAAUGGAAUCAAUGCCCUUUCAGGAGUUGGGAUACUUUCAAUUCCGUAUGCACUUUCUCAAGGAGGAUGGUUGAGUCUAAUACUCCUCUUCUUAGUAGCAAUCCUGUGCUACUACACUGGGCUGCUUCUUUGCCGAUGUAUGGAUGCAGAUACACACAUCCAAACUUACCCGGACAUUGGAGGGCUGGCCUAUGGAGCCAAAGGAAGAACUCUGGUAUCCACGUUCAUGUACCUUGAGCUCUUCUUGGUCGCGGUCGAGUUCCUGAUUCUGGAAGGGGAUAAUCUAAACAAGCUGUUUCCAGACACUGGUUUUCACAUUGGUGGCCACAAGGUUGGAGGAAAGCAGGGGUUUGUCCUGCUCACUGCCCUUGCCAUAUUGCCGACGGUGUGGCUGAAGAGCUUGGCCCUGCUGGCUUACCUCUCUGCUGGAGGGGUGCUGGCCUCUCUGGUUCUGGUUGGCUCUGUUGCCUGGGUUGGUGCUGCUGAAGGUGUGGGAUUUCAUGAGAAAGGUGUCAUCUGGAAAUGGACUGGGCUGCCUACUGCCAUAAGCCUGUACACCUUUUGCUACAGUGGCCAUGCUGUUUUUCCUACUCUCUGCAACUCCAUGAAGGAAAGAAGCCAGUUCUCCCAGGUUUUGUACGUUUGCUUCAUACUAAGCACCAUCAACUAUGGAUCAAUGGCAGUUUUGGGGUACCUAAUGUAUGGACAAAAUUUGAUGUCUCAAGUGACACUAAACCUACCUGUUGACAAUCUUAGCUCAAAAAUAGCAAUAUAUACCACCUUGAUCAACCCCAUAACAAAGUAUGCUAUAAUGGUUUCUCCCAUUGCCACAGCCAUUGAAGAGACAUUUCCUCUCCAAAACAGCAGAUUGAUCAGCUUGCUCAUCAGAACAGCCUUGGUGAUCAGCACUGUUGUGGUGGCACUAACAGUCCCAUUUUUCGGCUAUGUCAUGGAAUUUAUAGGCUCAUUUUUGAGUGUCAGUGUCUCUUUCUUGUUCCCAUGCCUCUGUUACCUGAAGAUUUAUAAAUCUUAUCGAAGUUUUGGGGCUGAGUUGAUGCUUAUUGGAGCAAUCAUUGUGAUGGGAGCUUCUGUGGCUGUAAUAGGUACAUACACUUCAGUGAAGCAAAUUGUUGAACACCUGCAUAGAGUUUGAAUCAAAGGAUGGAGCCAGGAUUUUUCUGUGGAUAAUAAUAAAGUUGUGUAGAAGAUCAUUAGAAAUCAAAAUUACCAUGUAACAAGAAGGAAAAUUUCCUUGGCAACUAUAUGAACAGUUACUUGUGACAUUUUUGCCACACUUAUGUAUUGAUAUGCUAUAUAGUUUAUAUCAUAUUAAUAAAUAAAUA